AUGGCGACGGCCGUGCUCGACACCCCCGACGCAAUUUCCUCCGCGCCGCCCGUCCAAGUGCAAGUGAUCAGCCAAUGGGAGACGGCGCUUCAGAGCAUGGUGGAGGAGAAGGUCCGCUCGUGGUACAAGCUGGCCAAUCAGGGCAUUUUCACGCGCCGGCGCACAAAAGGCGGGAAAAAACAUCACCACCACGACGCGCCGCCCCUGAAGCAGCAGCAGCGAGCGGGUCACCGCGAUGCGGGGGAGCAUCACUCCGUUAAGCACGGGGAGCAUCAGCAUCACUCGGUUAAGCACCACAAGAAGCACCAUCGAGGAGCGGAAAACGCGGCGGCUCCGGCGCAUGCGGUGGACGUGCGCGUGGAGUGCGAGGAGGGCGCUGCGGAAACCACGCCGCUGCUUGCGGCGGGCCGGACGCAGCAGCUGGAGCAGAAGCUCCUUAAGGGGGAGCGGGUCCGCGCUGUCUGGGGCAUCGUCACAGUGGGCAUUCUCGUGGCACCGGCGUGCGCUUGCGCGCUCUUUGCGCUGCUCUUCCCCGCCCUGCUGCCGUCCUGCCUCGCCAUAUGGGCCAUCGUCGAGGUGAUCUUCGUGGCGAUUCGCUACCGACAGCUGCGCCACGCCAGCGAUCACCGCCCGGAGCUCCCGCUACCCUCGCUAGGGAGCGUCUCGGACCUGCUCAGCCGCAUUCUGAAACUCAAGGGCAUUGUGGAUGCGCGUUACUUCUUCGAGGGCUGGUUCCACAACACGCCACUGGAGCGACUCACCCGCGAGCACAUCAAGCAGUUCAUCUCGUUCGGGUUCUUCUAUCGCUCGUUCGAACAGCUGUCUCCCGAAUACCAGGAAGCAGUGGAAACGCACAUGCACUCCAUCGCGCAGGUCUGGGACCUCCCCGUCCUCCGCCGCCCUUCCGCCUCCGCGAACCAGCAGCAGGCGGAGCCAUCUGCGGAAGCAGCAGGCGCAGGCGCAGGCGCAGCAGCCGCAGAAGGAAGCGGAGUGGCUGAAACGGGAGGAGCAGAAAGCGGCGGGGUAGAGACUGGCGGAGCAGAAGCAGACCCGGAAUCUGGAACAGUAUCGUGGGCGGCGGCAGCAGCAGCGGGAGCGGCAGUCACAGCAGCGACAACAGUCGCAGCAGCGGCGGCAGCGGGGGAAACAGCCGCGGUCGAGGUGCUAGGGGAAAUGGCGGAGGCUGUGGUGGGCGGGGAGGGGAAGGGCGGAGAGGGGGGAGAGGCUGAGAGUGGGGGGAAGUGGCGGAACGGCGAGGAGGGGAUUGGGUUCAUGGCUCACACACAGGAGCCGAUCAGGGCGGUGGUGCAUCCGCUGUUCGUGUACGCGUGGGGACACAUGGUGGCUUGGUUGACUUGGCUCUGUCUUGCUCUGCUGGGAUUCCGCAGGCACGUCUCCCCAUCCGGCCUGCACUACUUUCACCGGCCGGGGUGGAAGGAGCAGAAGGGAAGCAAGGCGCACAAGGUAGAGGCGGAGGCGGAGAGCGGUGCAGAGGGGUACGACGCGGUGGUGUUCAUCCACGGGCUGGGCAUCGGCCUCACGCCCUACCUCGCCUUCAUCCACAUGCUGCUUGCUGCCUUUGGCUCCAAGCCCUUCAUUGUUGUCGAGCUACCCCACCUCGCCUGCCAACUCACCUCUGCUUCGCCCACGAUCGAGGAAGUGUCGGCUGCUUUAGUGGAGACGCUGUGCAAGCACGGGUACAAGCGCGUGGCGUAUGUCGGUCACUCCUACAGCACUUUCAUUGCUGCCACUCUCCUGCGCCGUCAUCGCUCCAUGAUAGCAGCAAUGAGCAUCAUCGACCCAGUCUGCCUGCUGCUCUGCCUGCCCAAAGUGCUGCACACGUUUGUCUACAGCCUCCCGGGCGGGGACCACCUGGCAGCGUGGAUAGGCGAGGCGGUGCGCUGGGUGCUGUGCUCCCGGGAGCUACAGGUGGCUCGCAGCAUCUGCCGCGGCUUCUCAUGGCAGGAGUACCUGGUGUGGGGCGACGAGCUACCACCCGCCUCUCUGGUGAUGCUGGCAGGGGAUGACCAACUGGUGCCGUCGGCGCAGGUGCAGAGCCAUCUGGCUCGCCAUAAUGUGAAUGUGAUUUACAACGAGGGGUUCCAGCAUGCAGAGUACCUGACGAGGCCCGAUGUACAGCACAAAUUCAUUAUGGCGUUUGCAGCUACAUGCGCCAAGAUGCAAUUGAAACCGUUGAUCAAUUCUGUGCUGAAUCCGACAUUCGCGUUCGGAAUAAUUGCAUCAUGGCUGAUUGUGUCCACUCAAGCGGCUUCUCGUAACCCCUUCGUGACACUGUCGGCUGGAUCCGACGCUGAAUUCGGCAAUCGAUGGUCGGUAGACGCCAAGCCGCCAGCGGUGCACGAUCAGCCGUUGAUCGGCAUCCUGUCGCAGCCGGGAGACGGCGACGGGGGACGAGCGCCGCGAGUUAACUCCAAGGAAGACCUCAACGUAUCGUACAUCGCUGCUUCGUACGUCAAAUGGGUGGAGAGCGCGGGAGCGAGACCGGUGCCCAUCCUCUAUGACGACCCCGAUUGGCUGAUGGAGAAGAAAUUCAGAGCCAUCAACGGGCUGAUACUUCCAGGGGGGGGCACGGAUCUGGUUCCAGGGCCGUUCUUCUCUGCUGUAGAGAAACUGCUAAAGAUGGCCCUGGCAGCCAACGAUGCAGGGGACUAUUUCCCUGUGCAGGGAACAUGCAUGGGCAUGGAAACGCUCACAAUAUUCUUCAGCCAGGAUUUCGAUAUCCUGGAGACCAAGGCGUUUAAUGCAGAGGACAGCCCUGAAUCUCUUCGAUUCACCAGUGAAGAGGCCAAGAAGCGGGCCUACUUCAGCUGGAUGACUCCGGAGCUGCUGGAUCGGAUUCAGACGGAGAAGAUCACAAUGGAGAAUCAUGAGGAUGGCACCACAGUGGGUCGAUUCCUCUCCAGCAAGCGUCUGAGGGAGUUCUUUCGCAUUCUCACCACCUCAGUAGACAGAAACGGCACUGAAUACGUGACAACCAUAGAGGCGCGGAACUACCCUAUUUAUGGCACACAGUGGCAUCCCGAGAAAACGGCAUUUGAGUGGGGGCUACCGCACAUUCCCCAUUCGGCACACGCAGUGGCUGCCUGCCAAGCCACUGCUAACUUCUUUGUUAAUGAAGCCCGUCGCUCCACACAUCGGCCCGACUCCGAUGAGGAGAUGGAUGAGAUGCUAAUCUACAACUAUGCUCCGAUAUUCUCCGGCAAGAAUGGGUGA